AUGGAAUUCCUGAAAAAAAUUGUUCCCACGGUGGUCUCUGGAGACGUGGUGCUGGAUGUUGGGGGCACCACCCGCGAGAGCUCCCCGAGGCUGCUGAGGAUGAGACGCGUCCGGCUGUUCUCCUUGGGACAGACCAUAGACGAAGACGAGGAGACGCACGUUCUACAGCCCGCUCGCACCUCCACGCCGCCCAGCAGAGUAAAUAAGCACAGAGUUUCUCCAAGUGUCGUUUCCACCUGGGAGAAGAGAGGCAUCAUCAUGUCUAACAUUACUAUCGAUCCAGAUGUCAAACCUGGCGAGUAUGUCAUCAAAAGCCUCUUUGCUGAAUUUGCUGUUCAAGCUGAAAAGAAAAUUGAAGUCGUAAUGGCUGAACCUUUGGAAAAGCUCUUGUCCAGAUCUCUUCAAAGAGGUGAAGAUCUUCAGUUUGAUCAGUUGAUAAGCUCUAUGAGCUCCGUAGCAGAGCACUGUCUCCCCUCCUUAUUACGCACCUUGUUUGACUGGUACAGGCGUCAAAAUGGAACAGAAGAUGAAUCUUAUGAAUACAGACCUCGGUCUAGCACAAAAUCGAAGGGGGAUGACCAGCAACGUGAAAGAGAUUAUCUACUUGAAAGGAGGGACUUAGCUGUAGAUUUCAUUUUUUGUUUAGUUUUAAUAGAGGUUCUAAAACAGAUCCCUGUUCAUCCAGUGCCAGAUCCUUUAGUACAUGAAGUUCUAAACUUGGCUUUUAAGCACUUUAAACACAAGGAAGGGUAUUCAGGAACCAACACUGGGAAUGUGCAUAUUAUUGCAGACUUAUAUGCAGAAGUGACAGGGGUUCUUGCUCAGUCCAAGUUUCAGGCUGUCAGGAAGAAGUUUGUCACUGAAUUAAAGGAACUGCGACAGAAAGAACAGAGUCCUCAUGUAGUACAAAGUAUCAUCAGUUUGAUUAUGGGAAUGAAGUUUUUUCGGGUGAAGAUGUAUCCCGUGGAGGAUUUUGAAGCAUCAUUUCAGUUCAUGCAGGAAUGUGCUCAGUACUUCCUGGAAGUAAAAGAUAAAGAUAUAAAACAUGCACUCGCUGGUUUGUUUGUGGAAAUUCUCAUCCCUGUGGCUGCUGCUGUUAAAAACGAAGUGAAUGUGCCAUGUUUGAAAAAUUUUGUGGAGAUGCUGUAUCAGACCACCUUUGAACUGAGCUCAAGAAAGAAGCACUCGCUGGCUUUGUACCCGUUGAUCACCUGCCUGUUGUGUGUCAGUCAGAAACAGUUUUUUUUAAAUAACUGGCACGUUUUCCUGCAGAACUGCUUGUCACAUCUAAAGAUGCCAUCUAACAACAGUAUCAGAAAACAAAUAGAAACGCUGCAGAAUAAAGAUCCCAAAAUGUCCCGAGUUGCACUGGAAUCUUUGUAUAGGUUGUUGUGGGUUUAUGUUAUUAGAAUAAAAUGUGAAAGCAACACUGUAACUCAAAGCCGUCUCAUGAGCAUCGUAUCAGCACUUUUUCCAAAAGGAUCGCGUAGUGUGGUCCCACGAGACACGCCUCUGAAUAUAUUUGUGAAGAUUAUUCAGUUCAUUGCUCAGGAACGUUUGGAUUUUGCAAUGAAAGAAAUAAUAUUUGAUCUUCUUAGUGUUGGAAAAUCACCGAAAACCUUCACUAUUAAUCCGGAGAGGAUGAAUAUUGGCCUCAGAGUCUUCCUUGUCAUAGCAGAUAGCUUGCAGCAGAAGGACGGCGAGCCGCCGAUGCCGACGACAGGAGUUGUUCUUCCCUCGGGAAACACUCUGCGCGUGAAGAAGAUCUUCCUUAAUAAAACCCUGACAGACGAGGAAGCAAAGGUUAUAGGAAUGUCCAUCUACUACCCUCAAGUCAGAAAAGCGCUGGAUAGCAUUCUUAGGCAUUUGGACAAAGAAGUUGGAAGGCCCAUGUGCAUGACCAGCGUCCAGAUGUCCAACAAAGAGCCCGAAGACAUGAUCACGGGCGAGAGGAAACCGAAGAUAGAUCUGUUCAGGACCUGUAUUGCUGCUAUCCCGAGGCUGAUCCCAGACGGCAUGAGCAGGACUGACCUCAUUGAGCUGCUGGCGAGGCUGACAAUUCACAUGGACGAAGAACUUCGUGCCUUGGCUUUCAAUACUCUCCAGGCAUUAAUGCUUGAUUUUCCAGAUUGGCGGGAAGAUGUUCUUUCAGGAUUUGUAUAUUUUAUUGUGCGCGAAGUGACUGAUGUCCACCCAACGCUUCUUGACAAUGCAGUAAAAAUGUUAGUGCAGCUCAUAAAUCAGUGGAAGCAAGCAGCCCAAAUGCACCAUAAAAACCAAGAUUCUCAGCGUGGUGCAGCCAACGGGGCUGCCCAUACCCUGCCUCUGGAGAGGGCUCUCUACUCCAGCGUGUUUCACGUGGUGGAAGGCUUUGCCUUGGUCAUCCUUUGCAGCACGCGGCCUGCCACCAGGCGAUUAGCUGUCAGCGUUCUCAGAGAGAUCAGGGCCUUGUUCACACUUCUGGAGAUUUCUAAGAGUGACGAUGAGCUGGCGAUAGAUGUAAUGGACAGGCUAAGUGCUACUAUCCUGGAGAGCUUCAUACAUCUCACUGGGGCUGACCAGACUACUUUACUGUACUGCCCCAGUUCAAUAGAUUUACAGACUCUGGCUGACUGGAAUUCCUCCCCCAUCAGCCACCAGUUUGAUGUGGUCAGUCCAUCACAUAUUUGGAUAUUUGCACACGUGACUCAAGGCCAAGAUCCCUGGAUUAUAAGCCUCUCGAGUUUUAUGAAGCAGGAAAAUCUCCCCAAACACUGCCCAACAGCCGUAAGCUACGCUUGGACGUUUGCUUAUACCAGACUCCAGCUGCUGUCUCCACAAGUGGAUAUAAACAGCCCUAUCAAUGCAAAGAAAGUGAAUACUACUACAAGCAGCGACUCCUACAUUGGGCUCUGGAGAAACUACCUGAUUCUUUGCUGCAGUGCAGCAUCUUCUUCAACCUCCUCCACCUCCACGGGCUCUGUGAGAUGUUCCCCUCCCGAGACGCUGGCGUCGACUCCGGACAGUGGUUAUAGCAUUGAUUCGAGAGUUAUUGGCAUUCCAUCCCCCUCCUCCCUCUUUAAGCAGAUCGUUCCAAUGAUGCGCUCCGAGAGCCUGGAAAUUACAGAAUCCCUUGUGCUGGGACUUGGCAGGACCAACCCAGGAGCUUUUAGGGAACUAAUAGAAGAACUACAUCCUAUAAUUAAGGAAGCACUUGAAAGAAGGCCAGAGAACAUGAAACGGCGCAGGCGUCGAGAUAUUUUACGAGUACAACUAGUACGAAUAUUUGAGCUGUUGGCAGAUGCUGGUGUCAUUAGUCACAGUGCAAGUGGUGGCCUUGAUAAUGAAACACAUUCCCUCAACAACACUUUGCUGGAGUAUGUCGAUCUAACGCGACAGCUCCUGGAAGCAGAGAACGAAAAGGAUUCCGAUACCUUGAAAGAUAUCCGAUGCCAUUUCAGUGCCUUAGUGGCAAACAUCAUUCAGAAUGUUCCAGUGCACCAGAGGAGAAGCGUCUUUCCGCAGCAGAGCCUGCGCCACAGUCUGUUCAUGCUCUUCAGUCACUGGGCAGGGCCCUUCAGCAUCAUGUUUACGCCCCUGGACAGAUACAGUGACAGGAACAUGCGAAUAAACAGGCACCAGUACUGUGCAUUAAAGGCUAUGUCUGCUGUACUGUGUUGUGGCCCUGUUGCAGAUAACGUCGGGCUCUCGUCUGAUGGCUAUUUAUACAAGUGGCUGGAUAAUAUCUUGGAUUCACAAGACAAAAAGGUUCACCAGCUAGGCUGCGAGGCGGUCAUGCUGCUCUUGGAGCUCAACCCUGACCAGAGUAACCUCAUGUACUGGGCCGUAGACCGGUGUUACACAGGUUCCAAGCGGGUGGCAGCUGGCUGUUUUAAAGCCAUAGCCAGCGUGUUCCAGAACAGGGAUUACCAGUGUGAUACAGUGACCCUCCUGAAUCUGAUACUAUUUAAAGCAGCUGAUUCUACUAGGGCUAUCUAUGAAGUUGCUAUGCAACUAUUACAGAUCUUGGAACCAAAGAUGUUCCGUUACGCUCACAAACUGGAAGUUCAGCGGACAGAUGGGGUUUUGGGACAGCCUUCUCCUCUACCACAUCUGUAUUCCGUGUCCUAUUAUCAGCUGUCAGAAGAACUAGCAAGGACUUACCCGGAGCUGACGCUUGCUAUCUUCUCAGAGGUCAGCCAGAGAAUCCAGACGGCUCACCCGGCUGGGAGGCAGGUGAUGCUGCACUACCUGCUGCCGUGGAUGAACAACAUUGAGCUGGUGGACUUGAAGCCUUUGCCAACCAUUCGUCGGCCGGACGAAGAGGAGGAAGAGUCUUUGAAAGACAGAGAAAUGAUGGUGAACAGUAGACGAUGGCUGCGAGGGGAAGGCUGGGGAUCGCCGCAGGCUACAGCUAUGGUUCUGAACAACCUGAUGUAUAUGACUGCAAAGUAUGGUGAUGAAGUGGCUUGGUCGGAGAUAGAAAAUGUCUGGACUACUUUGGCAGACAGCUGGCCGAAGAAUCUGAAAAUCAUUUUGCACUUCUUGAUCAGCAUCUGCGGAGUGAACAGUGAGCCCAGCCUGCUGCCAUAC